CAAGUGUUUUAUGGUAUACACAUUACACAUAAAAAGUUCAGCAGUUCAGAAUUAAUCAGCAAGAUAGUACUCACAAUUCACUAUUAUAAUUUUUUUUUAAUUAAAAUUAAUUUUCACAUUACUUAUCUCGCCUAAACCUCGGCUGGUCGGACACUGGACAGUGGACGACGUGUCUGGUGGACGUCCCAUCGGCCAUCAUUAUUUAGUCACCAUAACAGCUUCAGAUUACAGGACGCUGAUCAGUGACAUUUCUCAUAACUGUGAAAACUGAAUAAAGAUUACUACUGUGACUUCCAGUUUAAAACUAUGACGAACGCUUAAAAACACUAAUCAUAUAUUAAAACGAUAACUUCUUGUUUACUCGUGCUUACAUGAUGGUGGACRAACAAAAAGAACUUGAGGAUCAAGAGAUCAUUGUAAACGAAGUCGAUGGAUUACCCAGUUUACUUGAUGAAAAAAAUGAUUUAUACAAAGCCGUGACCUCUGAACAAUCCUCAUUGGACGAUCUAAAUGAUGAAGAUUUGCCUACAUCGUUAAUUGUAACUAAUGUUGAUCCUGCAAUUUUUAAAGACGACGAUCUUAAGAAAGAAAUGGAAAUGUUGUUUAGCCGAUUUGGAGAAAUAAUUUCUGUUCAAUAUUUCCGUAGCUUUAAACGAAUAAGGGUUAAUUACGGCACUUCAGUAUCUGCUGCUACUGCCAGAAUUCAGAUGCAUCAAAUAAGGUUUUAUGACACCAUAAUUAAUUGCUACUUUGCACAGCCUGUCACACCAAUUGAUGCAGCGGAUCAACACUUACAACUACCGGCUCCAGUUAAACAGUUUUUAAUAUCACCUCCACCAUCACCACCUGAAGGCUGGGUACCUAGAGCUGAAGGCGAACCUCUCAUUAAUUAUGAUUUACUAGCUGCUAUUGCAAGUCUCACACCAG